AUGGAGGAUCCCUGGAGUUCCCCCUGGGCCACGGAUACUCCGGCGCCUCCAACAAUCGACCUGCCUUCCGAGCCUCAACAAGCGCAUUAUGGCAAUUCACCCCGCAAGUCGUCCCGAUCGCCCUCGCCAUGGGGCCGAAGUAUAGAUAUCGGUGUUGAGGACUGGGGAGGGUGGAAUGAGCCAACAGGCGGCAAAGCCAGCCCAGGUUGGGGGAGCAGUCCGAAUUUAAGGCCAUUAGGGAGCGGUACCGGCGUAAUGCUAGAUCCAUGGGCGCUGGCGGUGACCGAGGAUAAGGAAGGGGGGAAGGGAUCUGACUCCGCCAUUGGUUUGGGAGACGAUGGGCGGGCUGAUGGACACGAUAACUUGACAAGGCACAUUGAGGAAAAUGGCGUCUGGGAGAAGGAGCAUAUCGAGUCGAAUCAGGAAGAUGCUGCGGUGCCGAGUCAUUCUGUAUACAUGGAACAUACGAGGUCGCUUGGCGAAAGGCAGGCAUCCAAGGUGCAAGAGUUGAAGGAAAUGUACGAUGUCAUGGCAAAGACAUCGGGUGUGGAGGCGACAAGGACAGAAACGGUGACAACAAAAGAUAGACAGGUCACUGAGGCCAAAUUUCCGGACCAUGUGGAUGAGCAGUUAAUCCCGGAUGCUCCAACACCUCCUGCGACAACAUCUACCCGUCCGAUGGACGACGACGACAUGGCCCCAGUAGCGAACAAGUGCGAAGCCGUGCUUGCUAGAGUUGCUAAUCUGAAUCCGAAGACCGAGCAGUCUAAUUCUGAAUUGCAGAUUGCGUCUGAACUUGGCGAUAGCAGGGUACCAAGCGAAGUGGUUCUUGUCCCAGAGCAAGAUGCAAAGCCGGACCGAGUGACACAACAUCACGGCUCAACCCGCCCAACCGACGAAGCAACUGAAAAUAAAACCUUGUCACAUAGUCCAAAGACAUUAAUACCGUACCUUAUCGACUUUUCUAAUCUCAAUAUUCUAUUUCCCGACACGCAAGCGGUUACCACCAUCCCCGAAGAACUUCCCGAGUCCAUCAUGAGAGAGUCAUUCGCCUCUAUAUCACAGCGGAAAGCCUGGUAUCGCAUAUCCCGGUUCGGCUCUAUACGGAAACACAACGGCGGCGACGACGACAACUACGUCAGAGUGGCGUGGAAGAAUUCAACCAUUCGCAACGACACAUUGACCACUGUCCGCCGAUGGAUGGAAGAGGACAGCAUCGGGGGAAGAGUGGUUUUAGGACGAAGGUUGGGCCACGGAGGGGGCAGCAUGUUCAAUUGGGAUUCCGAAGCACCACCCGUCGAGAUUGGUGAGUUGUUGGCCAGGAAAAAGCAGAAGCCAAAAGGACAUGCUCGACAAUUUUCAGCUACCUUAGCGGGGACUGUCACGUCGCCGACAAUUGCAUCGUUUGGAUGGAGCAGCAGUGUGCCAUCGUCGCCCGCAACAGAGAGGAUUUCUUCCGACUGGCAUGCGAAGACGUCUCGACUGUCUGAGAUGACAGAGAGGGACGAGGCGGAGGAGAAGCGAGUAUCAGCUGACAUGCCCGGAGCUCACCAAAGUGCGAAACCAUCAACAGCCCAGGUACCGUCUGUCUUGGCACCAACCCCUGUAUCGCAGGACGAAGAUGACGAGUGGGGGGAUAUGGUGUCUUCUCCAACUUUGGAAUCUACUGCUGCGUUUGAUACAGCCUCUCAUAUCGAGGCGGCAUCCCCCCCGACCCCGAAACGCGGCGCGGACGCGUCCAUUUUGAAAGCGAGUGAACCGGUGCAUGCUUCAAAUGCCCUGACAGAGGAACUAGACCCCUGGGGAGGCUUGGAGUUUGUUGGCGGCACUUCGACAUGGCAAACUUUACAGCCCAUGUCAUUGACACAAGAAGACACUGCAGCGUUAUUAACUGCACCCGAAAACGCCUCUAUGCCAGCCCACCUUGGACAACCUAGAGAACAUGAAUCCAUUCGCACAUCAUGGCAGUUUUCAAGUUGCUCAUCUUCAAGACCAACGAGCAUUGAAUUUGCGCCUUUGAGCUCCCAAGACGACGAGGCAGUGACCACGAUUCUGGCUGGACUGCCAGACUUGUCAUAUAUGAUGAGAUAA